AUGGCACCGUUUGCCCCGAAGGCGCCUGCUUUCCCGCUGGCGGCGCAGUCCAACCGCCUGCCGCCUUCGGAUCGCCGGGGCUUGGCGGAGCAGCGCGACGUAGACGGUCGACCGCUGCAUGGAAAGGCGAUCGAACCCGUGCACCCUCUGACAGUUCGUCCCCUGUCUCACGUGCCUCGCCGCAAAAGGCGAAACUUGGAGAGGCGACACGAAGGCCGAGGCGUCGUCUGGUCCUCCGAAAGAGAACAACUCCCGACGCUCCUUCUCCCGGCCCCCAGACCGUCAGCUUCGCCGUGCACGGAGAACCGCGCAUGCAUGAGCUGCUGGGGCCGCGUAGGGACUCUGUAUUGCUCGGAGUGCAGCAAGUUCUUGUGUGGCAUCUGCGCAAUCAAACUGCAUGCGUCUGGGCCGAAUCAACAGCACGUGAUCAAUACGGCCAGCAAGGCAGGCGUGUUCGAGAUCGACGCUCCAAAGAUCGAAGAAGAAGAAGAACCCGCCUCCACUGUCGAUGACUUCGAUCUCGCAUUCGAGGACGACGUCUGGGAGACCAUGAAGGAAGCAACGACUCCCUGCGAGCGUCACCCCGCCGAGCCGGUGACCCUCGCCUGCGUGACUUGCCGCUACCUCCCGCUGUGCGUCAAAUGCGUGGAGACGCCCCUCCACCAAAAACACCAAAUUGUCAGUGUCCGCGAGGCGGUCCCCGCCGCCCGAGACAUGCUGAAUCAGGAUUACUCGAAUCUCGCCCGCCAGCUUUCUCAGCUCCAGCUUAUCAGUUCGAGGCUCCGCACCGCCAAGAGAAAGGCGGCAGACCUCUCAGAGAUCCAUCAGCAGAAGAUCGACGACGCAUUCAAGGCUGUCCACAAAACCGUUGAUAUGCGAGUGGAAGUUAUUGACCACCAAGUUCGUCAGCUGCAGCAACACGGCACACAGAGAUUGAGAUUUGUGAAUAUGCAAUGUGACACUUUUCGGCGGUAUUUGGUCGCAAAGGGCCAUCAAGUGGGGCUGCUCAACGAGUUGGGCAAACGGAACGAGGCGGCCGCGUUGAACGCCUACGUCAAGCUCAAACCUACCUUCGACGCUCUCGAGGGACAAGCCAAUCAUUUAGAAGAUAUGCAAGCGAAGCUGAGCAUUCCGUUCUGGAAGCUGACGCCAACGCACACGGAAGAUCUUCUCAAAGAGGCCCAGACGGCGAUCUUCGACGCCUCGGACCACGUCACCGAGCUUUGCCAUGAUUUGACGGAGCUCGUGGAGAACUUCCGAGGCGGCAACUUCCCCCUGCAAGGGUGGCCAGGCGAUUUCGUCGCGAACGAAGAAGAAGAAGAAGUCCUCGAGAAGAAGUUCCAAAAAGACAGGAGAGACGCACCCGUCAUCUACAAGGACGGAAAAGUGCCGUAUCGCGACUACUUUUUGGAAAAAGCGCCGUCGCAGUGCCAAGCCUUUGUCCGAAAAGAUACGCUUCACAUGCACUGGGAGAUUCGCAUGGUGACGGUCCGCGGGCACUACUUGUGCGUGCACACGACUGCGGAGGCGUCGUCGCCACUGGAGAGCGCCAUUCUUCUCUCCAAGUCGGUGGUUUGCCGCUCGUUCUCGGAUCCAGAAGUGACGGCAGUCGGCGUCAUGGCGAGGCGCGACUACCCCUUUGGCCUCGAAGUCGUCGAGAUGGACGCGGAGGGCGCGGCCCUCGAGGGAUACUUGCUCCUCGCGGCCGAGAGCCACGAACUGGUCACGGAAUGGAUCACUAUUCUCAGGAAGAAGUGCGCCAAGCGCUUCUCCUCGGCGGAAGUCCCGAACUUGCCUUGCGCCCCGCCAGGCUUGCCGCUGGGCGAGCUUCCCGACGCCAUCGCCACCGCCGACAUGCGCUACGGCGCCUACCACAAGUCCAUGGCUGCAGGCGUCCCCGUUCGCGGUGUGCUGCAGGACCGCGUGGCGUCUCCCGACCGCAGCGACGAGUCGAGCGAGGAAAAGAGCGACGAGUCGAGCGAGGACGACUCCUCCUUCGAGUCCUCCGACUACACACUGUCGUCGGAGUCGACUUCCUCAGCGUCGCUGAGGCGCAACCGUCGCUGGCCGUCGGACCUGGCUCACGAGUCCGACGACGAGCCAGUUGACCGGACGCCUCCCCUCCCGAGGAGGCAGCUUCUCCCCGCCCCGCCUUCGCCGCCACCAGAGCCGAGCUCGCCGCAACAGACCGAGUCCGAAAGCGGCGACGAGUCUCACCUGAUCCGGCCCUCUCUCGUCAAAGCCAGGGGCGCGUGGAUGCGGCAGAAACCGCAGAAACAGCGGUCCGCCGACCGCGGCCGGGCGAAACCGCUCAGCAUUCGGGAGCGCGCGGCCGCCUUCGAGCGCUCCAAGGCAGCCUCAAAGUCUCCAAAUGUGACGUCUCCAGUGUCUCGUACGCCGACUCGCAUCAGCGAAGGCGGCGGAGACGCCGUGGACGCAGAAGGUGGCGACACCGCAGGAGAAGAGACUCCCCUAAACGGCGCUGGCGGCACGCGAGAGGGUUCCCGCCGCUUUGUCAACUUGCAUGCAGAGCUUCACCGGCGCACGCCGCCGGCCCUCUCUGCGAGGCGCGACGAAAGCGGCGCGGUGGGAGAGGCGGGCGGAGACAAGGGGAAAGCACCCGCGCGAGAAGAAGACUCUCAGAGACAGCGAGGCGAAGGCAAACGCGCAGAGGCGACGCAAUCGAGACAAGACUCCCAAGAAACCAAGGACGACGAAGGCGCAGAUGAAGAGGAACAGGGGGAAGAUGAAGAGGACGAGGAAGAAGAGGAGGAAGAGGAAGAAGAGGAAGAGGAGGAAGAGGAAGAAGAGGAAGAGGAGGAAGAGGAGGAAGAGGAAGAGAGGGAAGAGGAGGAAGAGGAAGAGAGGGAAGAGGAGGAAGAGGAAGAGGAAGAAGAGGAGGAAGGGAGUGAAGGAGAUCGUCGGGGAAAGAAGGGAGUGCAACAAGAGAUGCGGUUUUUCUUUCCUGGUCCACGGCCUGGGCUGAGCCCUAUGCGCGACAUUUCCGCUGCGACGUCUGUGGGAGAUCAGAAUGAAGCAGACGAAGAAUAUCCGUCUUUCCUGCAUGCGCGGGAGAGACGCAGCGCAGAGGCGCGUCAUUUGCGCAGUCCGCAUGACGGGCAAGCGACUGCGCGGCAGAGAAGCGAGGAAGAGCCUUCCGCGGAGGAGCGGCGCAGCGCGCGAGAGGCCGAGGCGAUCGCGCGGCACACAGUCUUGCGAGAAGACGAGGCUUGGCUGUCUGGUGAUUCGGAACUUCUCGCAGUGAACAGAGCAGCGGGCUCCGCCCGCUUUUUGGGAGAAGCAAAGGCUGCGAGCCGACUUGCCGGCGCGUCUCCUCUCCCCCGAGCAAAGGCAGCAGAAGCUACUGCUUCCUCGUCCUCUUCGUCCUCUUUGUCCUCUUCGUCCUCUUUGUCCUCUUCGUCCUCUUUCUCUUCUUCUGUUUCUUCUGUCUGUUCUUCGCUUGCCCCUCGCUCGCACCGAGAAGCGGAGACGGACCAGGCCGCGUGGCCACGCACCUUCCUGCACGUGCACGGGGCUGUGGCGGCGAGCGUGCGAGGUCCGGACUCUCGGAGACGAAGGACAGGGCCCAAGAUGCGUGCCGCGCCGAUGAUGAUUCGCCUCCCGCCCUCCUCUGCGCUUCCAAAGUUUGUGCAUGUGCACUCGGUCUCCUUUGCUCCGGACGCCUUCGUCUCGCCCCGCAGAGAAGACGCGAGCGGCGCAGGGGAGGAAGAGAGCGUCGCGACGAUUCAGCAAAGAGCCGGAAAGGGCCGGGAGACACGCGCGACGGAGGCCCCGACACGCGACGCAGCUGACCCAGCCAAAACUCCCCUUCGCUCGGCGCGGAUUCGCAACGCUCUCCCCCAUAUCGAGAGGUCUUCUUCUUCCGUUUCUUCUGGGACGCGGGUGGUUCGCUACGCCGAUCCACAGAGGCUCCACGGGCACGUGGUGAAGGCGGCGCCUGCGAGGCCACCACGGAAGAGAGAACCCGUCGCUGCUGCCGCGCCUGCGACUCCAGAAGAUCCACCGGUCAGCCCGCGGACAAUUCGAAUCAUGCUCGAGCAAAUUGGAACGAGGAAAAUCGGCUAA